CCUAAGAAAGACUUCUCGAUCGCGGUUGCGAACGACAACUUCUUGUUCUUCUUGCCGGAACGGGCUGCCAGACCACACACCACUGCCACUUUCUGCUUCUCGGCGGCCGUUUCUCUGCGAACAACAAGGUACCUACAGCAGGUCUCUUUAUUUUGUACUUGUCCGUUUCUCGUUUUGUGCUAUUGUUACUUCUUGUUUUCCUCACACGCCCCUCCUUCUUUCUUGUCGUUCAUCCGACGCGCACACACGUACACACACAUCGUCACCCCCAUGACAACAAGCUACAGCAAACCCCCUCCAAGCCGAAAAAGAAAGAGCUACCCCUGGAAAGGAGGGGCCGUUGACAACAAGUGACAAGAGACGCUACUGUGUACAGCAUGGUAUUGCAUAUCGUAGAGGGGUAAGAAGAGGGAGGGAGGGAGGGAGGGAGGGGAAGGGGGCUCAACAUGGAAGAAUUGAACGAAAGAAAAGUCCAGAGACACGUUUGGAAAAACAUAGAUAAAAGAUGGCUAACAAACCUCUGUCCUGGGCUUCAGGUCCAGCACGACCAUUUAAAAAAAAAAAGGAAAACCUAGCAUCAGUGACUUCAUAUCACACCCGAGACCCCCGAACGAACCACUUCUACUCCUCUCGCUUCUUUGCUGCUUUCCAUACUCCUCUCCAUCUCAACCUUGCCUCCUCCAUUUCGUUCUCCACCAUAUCUCUGCGCUUCGACUAGCUAGUUACCUCUCCCCUAGCCAAGCCAGACGGACCGGCCCGCGAGGGGAAAAGAAAAGAAAAACCAAAAGGUCCUGCCGAAAAGAAGAAACGACGUAGCAACGACGAAGGAGAGAGCCAAGAAGGAAGAAGCAACGACGAAAAAGAGGGAAGAAAAGGGGGGCCCCCAAAAGAAAACGAGAGAAGAAGACGAAGGAAAGAAGAAAACCAACCCGGAACCACACAAACCAUGUGUUAUUUCUAUCAGACACGCUGGGCCUGCGGAUAUUGGAGAUGGGGUCAAUUCAAGCAGCAGUGCAACAAGGAGUACCGGACGGGCGAGACGUGCGGGCUGAAGCUCGUGUUCGAGACCAUCCUGGAUCCGGACCGGUGCAAGCUGUGCUACGACAUGGACAAGAAGCACCGCCGGCUCGACAAGAUGAACAGGGACAUUGAGCGCUGGCGUCGCGAAGGGAACCGUAGGGCGACCAUUGAGCGGACGACUGUUGAGGCGCGCGAGGUCGAGCGCCAGAUCCACGAGAUGACCACCUCGCAUUGGAACAGGGUCACGUUGGCAAAUUGACCGCCAUGGCCAGUCUUUCCUGGUCUGAUGGUUGGAGGUAUGCUGAAGAUCAGGAAGGGAAGAGGGAAGUCGAGGUUCCUAGAAGGUGGUCCUCAAUUCUCUCCCAAUUGAGAAAUACAAUUGACGAUGGAGAGAACAAGGAACAAGGCGCAGGAUCAACAUGGAAAUCGGGAAGAUGAAGACGACGACAAGGGGAAGAGGGAGGCGGGGAAGAGGACAGUUUUGCGGCGGGACAGAUGGGUUCUGCCACAGUUGAACCACGUAACGGCCGUUCAUUCGCUGCUCUUUGCAAUCUUUUUUCUUCUUUUCCUUAGGUCUUCUCUCGUGGCUAAGGCUGGGGGGGACGAUCCUUUGGACUCUUUCAGAGACGGGGGUAGAGGGGGAAAAAAACUUUACGGAGAGGCGAAUUACUGUACACUCGAUUCAACCGGAGGACAUUUCUGUAUGGCUAAUUUGUGCGCUUGUGCGGGCAUUAUGUGUGUGUGCGCGCGCGUACCAAAGUACGCGUGCCCGCAAAGAGAAGACGGCUCAGAGUAUUUUUUUGCUGCAGAGGGAGGAGGCCCGCCGCUUAGACGGCGACAGGGACAUAAUAUAUGGCCCCUCAUUAUCGCAUCUCUCUCCUCUUGACCUCCCCUGUCCUCACGGCCGCUUCUCUCUCCUGUUUCUCAUAUGCCUCUUUUGCU